AUGGCUCACCAUCUACCUCUGGACAACGUUCGAUCCCAUUCCGUGAUGAAAGCGGGACACCUUCCAGCAGAGCGUGUUGGUGGACGUCGGAUUGUGAACAAGAAAGUAAAUAUCUUUUUUACCGGCGCAAGUAUGUUUUUUCUCCGAAUUUCAAUGGAGAAGUCGUAUCCAACAAGUGCUGUGAGACAUUACCACGAUAAACCACAGCCGACGCAUCAGCCUCAUUAUGCUAAUCCUCCGUGUCAUACCAGUGGUCAUAUCUUCCAACCCAAGAAGAACUGCUAG